AUCCACAUUUUUCAUAUUUGUGUGAUUGGCGUUGCUUUCGAUCUCGUCCCCAAAUCCUUUCUGUUUCCUGUUCGCGACGCUCAAGUUUCGCCAUUAGACCUCUGCUUUCUGCCCAUCAACCCGUUUCCAUUUCCUUCCACUCUCCGCUCAGGACGGUACACUGGAGCAGCCAUGGUGAAGAUCUUCAUCGGGAACCUUUCUCCGGAAACUUCGAGAGAGGACAUUGAAGCUCUCUUUCUGAAGUACGGCACGGUGACGGAAUGCGCGAAGUACAAAAACUACGCGUUCGUACACAUGGAUGAUCGCAAGUCGGCAACCAAAGCUAUCCGCGAGCUCCAUCUGCACAAGGUGGACGGCAGGCCGAUCAACGUGGAGCCCAGCAGAGGGAAGAACCAGGGACCCGUGAAACUCCACAUCGCUAAUGUCGAAAAAGGUUUUGAUCACGAGCUGCGUGAACUGUUCGAAGAGUACGGCACAGUUACAGAGUGUUCAAUUGUAAAGAACUUUGCAUUUGUUCACAUGCCUCAUCAUGAUGAGGCCAUGGAUGCUAUGGAGGGCCUGGAUAACACAGAGUUUCAGGGAAAGCGUAUUCAUGUUCAGGUAUCGAAAAGCAGACCAAGAGGGGGUCCUGAGGAGGAGGAGGAGGAAUAUCCACCUCCACCCAUUAGAGGAGGCUUCUAUCCUCCGUAUUACCCAAUGCCAAGGCCAGAACCCCCCUACAGAGGACGCAUGCCUGCUUACCCACCUCCUCCUCCCCCUCACCUGGCCCCACCACCUCCUGUGAGACGAGCCCCGUAUCCUGACCGUGGCUAUGGUGACAGAAUGUCUUAUGGAGCAGUGGAUUACUAUGAGAAGUACCGAGCCCGUCCUUACAGCUCCACAGCCUACGAUGAUAGGCGCGCCAUACCCCCUCCUCCGCCUCCUUCAUCAGCGCUGGUUAGAGAACGCCUCGGUAUGGCGUCAUCGCUCGACCCAUACGACCGGCGUCCCCUUCCAACCCCGUCCAGCUAUGGGGUGAGGGACCGCAGCCCAAUUAGAAGAAUUCCCCCUCCACCUGCACCAUCGACUGGGAAUGGGUAUUCCUACGAGCGCUCCCGGCUCUCGCCGAUGUCCAGAGCUCCAGUUUAUGCCGCUCCCCGUACCAGGGAUCCCUAUGCAGAGAGAGUGGCUCCUCCGCCACCUCCUCGCUACGCAGGUUAUUAGUGGGCCUGAGUGGAACACAAGGUUUUAGAAUAUGACAAGAUCGUCGUCUGCUGAUGUACGUGGCGCUAUACACCCAGCACGUCAAUGGCGGAUCGCGUUGCGUUCCCCUGAGGCUAACAGGAAGAUAUUGCGGACGGCCUCGUAUUAAAAAACAAAACAAAAACAUACAACUCCAUCUCUACGACUGUCCUGAGCUGUUCAUGAACUUUGUGUUCCUCAAGUUGUUUUUUCUCCUCGGAUUAUUCUGAAAGUAUUUAACAGAAUAGUUAUUGAGACUUGUUUGGAGUGACGCAUAAUUCUCUAGUUGAUGCCCGAAAAACCAUUUUCUUUUCAAAAUCUUUUCUAAUAGCCUCUGAGAAACUUGGUAGUUUUUCAUAAUAAGGGAUUUCCUUUAAUAAAAAAUCUUUGGUAUUUACAAGGAAAUUAGUUUUAAGUAUAAGCUUGUUGGUUGAUUUAGAAAAUGUUGCAGUCAUUUCCAAUCAGUUAAAGGAAUUCUCUGGAUCUUGAAAUAUUUGCGACACUUCUAGGAGAGAGCUCUAAAAUUUUUCCGGUGGAUUAUUAUUUUUUUCUUUCUUUGUGCUAUUUUUACACUUUGUUCAUUUUUGCUUGCGGUACUCCUAUUUGUAGGCACACUCUGUUUGAAUUGUAUUUCCUUUUUAUUUUAAGGCUUUUAAUAAACAAUUGAAACCAAAA